AUGGCUGUUAAUAUUCCUGGAUAUACGUUUCAGAGAUAUUUAGGAAAAGGUGCCUUUGGGGCUGCGCUCUUGGUACAGAGAAAUCUUGAUGGAGGCUUUUUUGCCGCGAAACAGAUUGCUUUUGCCCAACCUUCAGAUGAAGAAGAUGCUAGAAAAGAAGCGAACAUUCUCAAAGACCUUGAUUGCAAUUUCAUCGUUAGAUACACUGAUUUCAGCAUAACACCAAACAUUUGCUGCUAUAUUGUGAUGGAGUUCUGCGACGGUGGCGAUUUACAAGGGAAAAUAGACCUUCAUAAAAAGACAAAGAAGCCAAUUGAUGAGUCCUUAGUCGUAAUUUGGAUGGCUCAAGUAGGGCUUGCUCUACGCUAUUGUCACAAUCGAAAUCUCCUCCACCGUGAUCUCAAACCUCAGAAUAUAUUUCUCAUGAAAGAUGGCAUUUCAUGCAAGCUUGGAGACUUUGGCGUCGCAAAAUCUGUGGCUUCUACACGAGCAUUAACCCAAACCAUCGUUGGAACCCCGCUUAAUUUCUGUCCGGAACUUUGCAAAUCGCAGCCCUACACGAGGAGUGCCGACAUUUGGGCUUUCGGAUGUGCUCUUUAUGAAGCAAGAUUCCUUGAUCAUCCUAUGGUUCCCCUUGAUGGGACGCCUUUAAAUAUGAUAACACUCCAGAUUAAUAUUCUCAGCGGACAAUAUCCCCGGAAAUCAUGUGACAUUGGGAAAAUCGUUGAUAGAUGCUUACAACAGGAUCCUAGCCGUAGAGCAGACAUCACUGAUAUUCUCAAUCAUCCUAAAUUCGCUCCAGUGACAAGAGAUCUUGAGAAUGGAAUUCAGCCUGUCAACAUCAGGCGAGCAGACUCUACUCCGGUCAACCCUAAGCAAGAAGCGAUUCUCAGCGAAUUGUCUAAGUUUCUUCAGAACAAAAAGUACCACAAAUCUGAGAGCGACAGAAUUGAUCAGAUGAUCGAACAGGUCAAGUAUCGAACGAGAGAACUUGAAGGAACUGUUCUGAUAAUUAAUAACAAAAGCAAGCUCUUCUUGAACUUCAAAAUCAAACCAGCAAUAAAAUGCCCAUGGGAAUGGUUCAAAAUGAAUGAAAAUAUUAGACGCUUCGACCAAAAAUACCCCCCAAUUUCGCCAUAUCUCGCAUCUCUCAGCCAUGCUGAUCAACGAACAUUCCUUGACUUCAGUCAGCGCCGAAAUAAAAUUCGACAGGUUCUUGAGCUGAAGCAGAGGACAGAACAAGAACUUGCCUUCUACAACAACAGAGGAAAGAUGCUGAAAGAAAGUGACGACAAAAUCAAGAUGCUUAUUGAAGAGCUCGGAAGAGAAUCCAACGAUCGCGAGAUGGUGAACAAAUUGAUGGAGCAAUUGCACAGUGACCAGAUGGAGGAAAUUAUGGAGACAGUUCGCAACCUGCCCGUCCAAACUGUUAGGAACCCGAGCUAUUCUAGUGGCACUUUUCAGCGAACAUACCAGCCUCCAGCUCCUCAACAAGUUACGAACACAGUACAGCGCUUUCCAUAUCAGUACUUUGCUCUUCCGAUUCAUGCCCAGGGAGCAGGUUCAAAAAUCAUCGGAACAAGAUAUGUUGUCUUCAAAAAUUCCGAAAUUCAUGCUCAGCUCGAUGUUAUAAAUGGAGGAAACACUAGAAGAGGUCGCAAAGGAGAUCAAGAUGUAGAGAAAUUUUUGACGAAGCAGUCAAUUCAGAGUAUCCAAAGCCAAGCUACUGGAAAACAUGACGGAACGGAUGCAAAACCUGAAAUAGAUAAAGCUGUCGGAGAUGUUACAGCUGGUCUCACCGUUGCACUUACUGUCAUUCCUCAAUCCUUAGCGUACGCGAAUUUAGCCGGAUUGCCUGUUCAAUAUGGAUUGUAUGCUAGUUUCAUUGGUUGUUUUAUUUAUUGCGUGAUGGGAACUUCGAAGGAUAUCACCCUGGGACCCACUGCUAUUAUGUCGCUUAUUGUUGGGUCUUAUGGAGCCGUUGAGUGGUACGAUGAUCCUGUAAAUACAACCGAUCCUCGUGCAGCCAUCCUUUUGACACAUACAAAAUGGCAAGAUCUCGUCAUUGGCCUCGCGUGCAUGGUCGUCCUCAAGACCCUUGAACUGACGAAGCGAAAAUACACCAAUCCGGUCGAAUCUGAUUCCAAGACAAAGGCAGCUUUGCGAAAAGGGCUUUGGUUUUUGUGCACGGCGCGUAAUGCCGUCAUCAUUGGCAUUGCACUUGGCAUUGGUGCCGGACUUGAUCCGAACGUCACGCACAAGCCAUUUACGCUCACUGGAGAGCUCGUGCCCGGGUUGCCUAAACCAAUGAUGCCGGAAUUUUCAGGCGAUUAUUGGGUCCCCGAAGAUGUCAAAAUUGCUCUUGAAACGGUCCCCGAAACUGCUCAUCAUCGAAGAAAGCGAGAAGAGGCAACAAACGAUCCCGCAGCAAUCGAUUCGCGCACUGGCAAUGAAACCCAUGAAGAAGAGGAAUACCAAAGAUGUGGUCCAGAUGUAGAAGGAAAGUGGAUUAUUUGA